AUGUUCUCUUCUCAGGCACAAGAGAAUGAGUCAGACAACAAUAGUCCAUCGGUAGACAGCGAACAACGAACUCCCCCCAAGGCAAAAGGAAGAGGAUUUAUCCCGUCUACUGCCAAACCUACUGUUGAGGUUACGAUCGGGAAAGUAGGAGUUGAGGUGGCGGAAAGCGGCUCGUCUACUGCAAAGCUCACUGCAGCGAUUGCUGCUGCAAAAGCAGGAGCUGAGACGGAGAAUGCCGAAAAUGCAAACGAUUGGGUUGACGUAAAUGAGGCCGAGGAAGAAAGUAAUGGCCCCACAAUUCAUCAAGCGGCAGCCCAAGGCGAAUUCCAGACGGUGGCGCAUCUUUUGAACAGCGGUCAGGCUACUGUGAACGAUCGUGAUCAGCAAGGAGCGACACCAUUGCAUUGGGCAGCAAUCUCUAAUCAUGUGGUUGUCGCGAGGUUUUUGAUUGAUGCUGGCGCGGAUGUGAAUGCGGUUGGAAGCGACUUGAUGGCGACACCAUUACAUUGGGCCGCAAGAAACGGCAAUUUAGCAACGGUAACUCUUCUCUUAAAUCACGGUGCAGAUCCAGCACUACGCGACGGACAAGGCUUUAAUGCCCUCCACCUUUCUGUCCAUUCGAUGAACAGUAUGCUUGUCCUAUUCCUUAUAUACACUUCAAUCGACAUCGAUACACCUGACGCUCUUCACCAUACACCGUUAAUGUGGGCUGCCUAUCAAGGUGAUCCGUCUACCGUUGACAUUUUAUUAAAGCAUAACGCAUCAGUAUCAAAAGUCGAUAAUACGCAGUUUACUGCGUUACAUUGGGCAGUUGUAAAGGGAAAUAAACUUUGUAUUAGAAAGUUAUUGGAUGCAGGUGCAGAUGCUAAGGCAAAGGAGGAAAAUGGAAAGACACCAUCGGAUAUGGCAACGGAGUUGAAUAAAGUGGACGUCUGGCGGAGUGCUCUGCGUGAGGCAGGAAGAAGACGCGAUGGUGAACCCAGAGUAACGUUAUUUGACGAGUGUAUUCCAAGCGAGUGCGUUCUGGGUCGCCGUCACGUGGAUUACGAGAGUUAUGUUUUAGCAGUGUUGGCAGACCCAGGAUUCAUUCAUAAAUGUCAAUCUCAAGAGGAGCAGAAACAGCUUGUUAUUGAACUUGCUAAUAAAGGGAUAUUGGAUAUUAGGCACUUUUGUGCAACGUGCUUAAUAAAGAAACCUCUAAGGUCCAAACAUUGCAAAAUAUGUAAUCGAUGUGUGGCCCGCUUUGACCAUCAUUGUCCAUGGAUAUUUAACUGCAUUGGAGUAAGAAAUCAUCGACCGUUUAUGAUAUUUCUUAUUAUGAUGAUUGCAGCGAUAUCAAGUUUCCUAUAUCUUUGUAUAGAAUAUCUUUCAACAACUUCCUCAUCUUAUCAACCCAUCCCGUCCCAGCCCUGCAUACUACCUUCUACAAUAUGUGCCUGGUUCCAACACGAUACUUGGACGCUAGGACUCUGCGUCUGGGUUGGACUACAACUGACAUGGAGCAUUGGUCUGUUCAUGAUGCAGUCUUAUCAAAUUGCAGCAGCAAAGACGACCAACGAAAUGGCAAACUUUCAUCGAUACUCGUAUCUGAGUCGCCGCGGGGGUGCAAAAGUGAGAGAACACAUUGUAGCUGCAUUAUCUGCCGGACCUGGUGCUGCAAGUGCAGCACAAGUGGGCGAGGAUGAGAGCGGGUUCGGGGAUCAUGCAAGGGUUAAUAAUAAUGAACUUGGAGAUAAUAGUCUAACAGGAAGGGGAAGAGCAGUACAACGUCUACAAGAACAAUCAUUGUCAGAUACUUCGGCGUAUGAAGAUAGAUUUAACAGUGGUUGUCUCAAACUGUUCGUUGGAAGGUCUAGAAAACGCAGAUAUCGUGUGCCAGAGAACAAUAAUCCAUUUGACUUUGGUUGUUGGAAUAAUUGCGCAGACUUUUGGACUCAGGGCAACGGUGGGAUGCUGCAAAAUGUUGAUUGGUAUGGACUAUAUGACGUACCUCUUAUUGAGAGGACUGUCACUAGGAGGAAUGGAGGAUAUGUUGCUGUUGCUGCGACUGAUGAUAAUGUGUAA